UUUAUUUCGGUUUUGAUUUUUCUAUUUUUUAUUUUCGACCGUAAAACUCACGUGGUUACGCAAACAUGAAGUCCUGGAUCAAAAUCGUAUCGCUGUUCACACUAUUUUAUCUGUCCACGAUCGUUUCUGCUCGUCCUGGCUACGGAAGAUUCACGAAUGAGAAUCAAAUUGGCGCUCACGAUGCUGUGUUGAAUUUCGCGAGAACAGGAGAAGAUGAUUUAGCAGGGAAAAUGAACGAAGAAUUAUUAGGAGUGGUUAAUGAGCGGCAGAAACGAUUAUCGGAUCAAAGGCGAGCAGAAUUAGAGACCCUGAUGGCCCUCUAUAAAAUGACUGGAAAAUUACACCCCACAGUGAUGAGGAGUGGCCGACAAUUGGACAUAUCGAAAAUUGGCCGCAGGAAACGUUCCGUGUUCGAUAUGAACAUGAAGAAUCUGCGAAAACUCUUCCGACUCUCGGGACAACUCGGCUACAAAGGAAACGCGGCUUAUCCUGUUGUUAGUUGAAGCUUUGGGGCAGUAUAGAAGACAUGGACGUUAAUUUUAUUUGCCAAAUGAGGUACACUAUAAAUCAAAAAAGGAUGGACCCUGGAAUGAAGAAGAAAAAAAGGAAUCUCGUUCGAUGUAUCAGUUCCUCACACGAAACUAUCGCGAACGGAUCGCGAAUUAAGUGUUUCAAUGAAAAUCACUAUUACACGACAACUCCUAAUGCAUUCUACAACAACGACAACUACAAUCACUCGACUUAUUUAUUUAACGCGAACGAAAGUUCUGAAAAUUAUAUUGUCAGAUAUUUGUAUCUAUUUCUCAUCAAAUUCAUCAAAUAAAUUAUUUAUUUAUCACA